GGGGCUCCGCGAGCCGGUCCUACGCUGGGCAGUUACCUGUUGGCCUUCGCUUGCCGCCUGGAUUAUCCGCUGCUGUUAUCUGCCCCUCACGCCUGCCCUCAGUGCCCGGGCCCGCACUCCGGGAGGGGAACCUCAUGGCCGCAUCCUGUGAGAUCAGCAACAUUUUCAGCAACUAUAUCAGCGCCAUGUACCAGGCAGAAGACCCAACUCCGGCCUCAUCCACCACCUUGGGAGGUGACGACCUAGUGCUGACUCUGAGCAAUCCUCCGAUGCCCCUAGAGGGCACAGACAAAGCCAGCUGGUCAGGGAUGCUGCCCCAGUUGUGGUCAAAGGCCCAGGUUCUAGAAUGGAUCAGCUAUCAGGUGGAGAAGAAUAAAUAUGAUGCUAGCGCCAUUGACUUUUCUCGAUGCAAUAUGGACGGGGCCACGUUGUGCAGCUGCCCCCAGGAAGAGCUGGGCCAGGUCUUUGGACCCCUGGGGGAUGAGCUCUAUGCCCAGCUGCAAGAUCUCUCCUCUGGCACAUCUGAUGAGCUAAGCUGGAUCAUUGAGCUCCUGGAGAAGGAUGGGCUCACCUCUCAAGAUAUCAUGGGAGACUGGAUCACCUUUGAUCAUGGCAGCCCCUUCAACCAAGAUGUGUUGGAUGACUCCAGGUUGUCCAGUCCCUAUUACCCAGGAAGCUAUGGGGCAGGGGCUCCUUCUCCAGGAAGCUCAGAUGUGUCCACUUCAGGCACUGGAACCUCUCAAAGCCCCCACUCGGAUUCUGGUGGGAGCGACGUGGAUUUAGAUCCCACAGACAACAAACUCUUUUUUCCCAGUGACAACUUCCCUGACUAUAAGAAAGGGGAUCUGAAAUACGGGAAGAGAAAACGAGGGAGGCCACGAAAGCUGAGCAAGGAGAGCCGAGAGUGUCUGGAGAGCAAGAAGAGCAAACAUGCUCCAAGAGGUACACACCUAUGGGAGUUCAUAAGAGACAUCCUCAUCCACCCAGAACUCAAUGAGGGCCUCAUGAAGUGGGAGAACCGGCACGAGGGUGUCUUCAAGUUCCUUCGAUCUGAGGCUGUGGCCCAGCUGUGGGGUCAGAAGAAGAAAAAUAACAGCAUGACCUAUGAGAAACUCAGCCGUGCUAUGAGGUACUACUACAAGCGAGAGAUCUUAGAGCGAGUCGAUGGUCGCAGACUAGUCUAUAAAUUUGGCAAGAACUCAAGUGGUUGGAAGGAGGAGGAGGUCGUCUUGAGCCGGAACUAAAGGGGAGAGCCGUCGAGGGACUUGGGGGAGCAAUGAGCUUGCCCCCCCCUGGACCAGAGAUUUGUUCAGGCGUUCCUGGACCCCCAGCCCUCCAAGCCCCUUAAGAGGGAGGGAGGGUACCCAAGUUGGCGGCGCUGGAAGCCGAUGGGUGUGCCCCAGUGGAGUGAAACUGAACUUUGGCCUGCCAUGGGUUUGUUGUCCACAGUUGUCAUGGGAUAUGGAGACCUUGGGCCCCUCCCUCCUUUCUUUCCUCUUGGAAUUACAAACCCUGUGAGUGGACUCAGCCGUGGUGCUGCUGACUGAAACCAAGAGGUCUCUCUGAGCUGGGAUCCUGGAUGUCAGAGGAGAGCCGAGGACCCUUUUCUCGAAGAGCCCUGGACUGGCGUUACUUGGAGGGGAACAUGGGUGGCCUCUAGAAGAAGCCCUCAUAGAGAGAAGACUUGCCAGCACCUUCCCUCCAGGCCUGCCUUUUUCCUACGCUUGGACUGCGCGGGUCGUGGGUCAGAGCACUCCCUAAUUUAUGUGAUAUAAAUAUGUAAUAUGUAAAUAGAAAUCUUAUUUUUUCAGUGAUACCCCUUGUCCCCCCUACACUCCUUGACCUCUGUCUACGUGUGAGGACCAAGACCAAAGACAAUUGUUCUGAGGCCAGUAAGGACAGAUUUCAUGGCCACCCCCUGGACCUGGAUGGGUUUGGUUCUUCCCAUUACCCCCAUCUGCUGCAGGGGCUAAAUAAGGUGGUGAAACUGGACCCUGGGACUCCUGGUCACUCUUCUUGUCUCCAGAAUGGAUCAAAAAGUUGCAAUAAAACAUCUUUUGAGUUUUUGCUUUUGUUUUUAA